AUGGCUUCAGCUACUAAUAUUUCUGCACAAAUUAGCAGUAUCCCUAUGCUGAAUGGUUCAAACUUUAAAGUUUGGAAAGAUACCGUGGAGAUUAUCCUCAGUUGUAUGGAUCUAGAUACAGCUCUUCGAGAAGAGAAACCUACUUCCACUCUGGAAAAUCUCAAUGAGGGCUCAAAUACUGAGGAUAAAGAUGCCAAACAGUUUUUAAAGGGUGUUGAAAAAUUCUUUACUAAGAAUGAAAAGGUGGAGGCAAGUAGUCUUUUGAGCAAACUUGUCUCCAUAAGGUAUAAAGGUAAAGGGAACAUUAGGGAGUACAUUAUGGAAAUGUCUCAUCUUGCUUCAAAAUUGAAAGCAUUAAAGUUAGAGUUGUCUGAAGAUUUACUCGUGCAUUUCAUUUUGAUUUCCCUUCCUGCACACUUUGGGCAAUUCAAAGUGAGUUAUAACACUCUGAAGGACACUUGGUCCUUAAAUGAGCUUAUAUCUCAUUAUGUGCAAGAAGAAGAGAGGCUACAGUAA